AUGGCGGAAGCACUGGAGGAGGCCGGCGGAGGCGUGUCGGCGACGUUGAAGGACCUCUUUUCGGGCGCUGUGGGAGGUGUUGCGCAGGUGCUUAUAGUAAAAGUGCGCCUCCAAACCACCACCACCCACCCUAACGCCCUCUCCUGCGCCACCAGCAUCCUCCGCAACGAAGGCGCCACCGCCUUCUACAAAGGCACCCUCACUCCGCUCAUCGGCAUCGGCGCCUGCGUCUCCGUCCAGUUCGGCGGCUUCAACUACGCUCGCCGCGCGUUCGAGGCCCGCAAUGCCGCUGCCGAAGGCAAAACCAUCUCAGACAUUGAAGCCAGCCCGCAGCCCCUCUCGUACGGACAGUACUAUGCCUCUGGAGCUUUCGCAGGUGUGGUGAACACCGUGCUCUCGUCGCCCAUCGAGCAUAUCCGCAUCAGGUUGCAGACGCAACCACAUGGCGCAAAUAGGCUGUACGCCGGGCCGCUGGAUUGUAUAGCUAAACUCUCCCGCAGUCCGAGCAUACCCCUGGGUCUGUACCGCGGGACUUCAGUGACCUUGCUGCGUGAGGCACAGGCGUAUGGAUGCUGGUUCUUGACGUUCGAGUAUCUGAUGCAAAACGAUGCAAAGCGCAAUGGCCUCGUUCGGAAAGAGAUUCCAACCUGGAAGAUCGCGCUGUACGGCGGUAUUGCGGGCGAGAUGCUGUGGAUUUCUUCAUACCCUUUCGAUGUGAUCAAGUCGAAGAUGCAGACGGAUGAGUGGGGAGAGAAGCAGCGGUACAAGAGUAUGCGCGACGCGUUUGCGCAGACGUGGAAGCAGGAGGGCGCGGUUGGGUUCUGGAGAGGGAUUGGACCGACGUUGCUGAGAGCGAUGCCGGUCAGUGCUGGGACCUUUGCAGUGGUGGAAUUGAUGAUGCGUUUAAUCACUUGA